AUGAGCCUUUGUGUAUUGUGCAACCGCACUUUCGGCAGCAUAAAAGCACUCAAACAACAUGAAGAGAACUCACCAAAACAUGCGGAAAACUUUGGCUGUAAGCCAUGCAAUCGCUCCUUUGGUAGCCUAGACGCACUCGGCCAGCACCAAGACAAUUCUUCAGCUCACCGAAAACCCAGAAAAGACUCAGCAUUGUCUUCCAUCACGCCUGCUUUAUUGCCCCCCUAUGCUCCAUUGCCGUUUUCGACAUCCUCUAAUACCCACUCAACGAUACACAACGGUCAGCGCAGUGGUCACGCCGCGGCAAAGAACACUUUCCACACAAACUCGACCUUUGACCUGCCAUUCGCAGUACUUCAAAGUCGAAUGCAAGCUCUUACUAUACCGGAUUCACAGACAUCUAUCGUAGCGCCAAAAGUCGAUCAAGCGCACAUCAAGACGCUGCAAGAGGAGACAAGGACCUUCUUCACAUUUCCCCAAUUACAUACCAGUGUGGCCGAAGCCGUCGCACCUUUCAUAGUCUCGACAUGGUUCAACAAUGAUCUAGAUGCUCACUUCAAUAACAAGCACAUAACGUGUGUUAUGGGAAAGUUUACAUGCAACAACAACGCAUGCAUGAAGAAAAGGUGGAGCAGCAAAGUGGUGGCAACCUGGAUUCAAGGAUAUACACGUAAUGGGUACAACGCUAUUGUGUUCAAUCAACGCUGCGAAUCUUGCAACUGCCUGGGGAGCUUCAGGUUGGAUGAAAAAUCGUACAUUGACCGGAUUGCAUACAGACUCAAGAAAUGGGCAGGUGUGAUCAUGGAGCCGCGCCCAUUUUCUCUCAAGAAAACACCACCGCAUGAAAAGGAUCUGUGCGAAGGCUGUAAAGUAGGAAAGUGUCCAGAGACACCGAACCUCUAG